AUGGAGCGGAUGGGUUUCGUCCCCGGGCCUCAGGCCAAAGAACAAAUCUUCAACGCACAAGGCCAUUUGUUCUUCUCGAGGCAGACCGCCCUCGACUACGCCGAAGAGUUUAUUAAGAAAGCGCCCGACGGAUACACGGACGCGCAUAUCCGCACGCACUACCAGUCAAUGAAGGCCUGUUUAGGCGAGGGCGACCAGGUGGAUAUUUGGUUCGGCCUGCGUGAUCCAAAUCCGGCGAGGGGACAGCACCAGGACCCCUCUGGAGAGCUCGUAGGGCACACGUGGGCUCUGGUAAAGACUGCCGACGGAAACGAACGGCAGCUGUGGGAGGUUGGUCAGGAAACGCCCCCGAUGGGGGAGGCACACGCUGCUCGGGCCUUCAACGCCUAUCGAGAGGCCAUGGCUCGGCAUCUGAACAUGGAAGCGCCAGAGCCUGUGCAGAUCAACAAGCAUGCCGCCAAAACGCCCCGAGAUGUCAGCGGGAGACCUGUUAUCUCACGGGCGUUGGCUCCAUCUAACCUAUACUAUGCAUCGAGUCGCAUGUGGUACUUUGUUGACCUCGGCUUAGCGGGGGGUACGAACACGCCCAUUAUCCUUUCGCGGCCCAUGAGAUCCUUUGAUGCGCUGGUCCUGUCAGCGCUCAUGACGUUGGUGUUGAGUGCGCCGCCGCUGGUGUUUGGCAUCAGUACACGCAAGACAGACAGGGCCUCGUCAACCCUGCCGGCGGGCUACCUUAGAGCCAAGUACGAGGCAGAUGAGACGCUCCAAGGAGCUGAUGACAGACCGGUUCUCGUUCUCUGA